AUGUUCGAAAUAUUCGACUACGCCACCGCAUUCGAUCGAGAUAAAUGCGAACACGGGCCGACAAAGUAUACGAUUGUUUAUUUGGCGUUUAUUAUUAUCCGCCACUCCGUCAUCAUUAUCACGCCCUCCUUUCUCUUCUGGAUGAGUUCAGCCCUCAGAAAGCCACUGUGUCGUGUAUUCCGUCGUCUCUCCUCCCGUACAGAAGAUGUCGUCGACAGCUACUCCGUUCACAACGGUGAAUUCCGUAAUGUGAUGGGCCAGAAAGUAUCGUUACGCGCCGACCAGGACGCCUAUUUUGGGCAGCUCGCCAAUUUGUGG